UAUUUGAUUGAUGAAAUGCGUUGCAUCUGUUAUUAUUGUACAAACAAAUGCUGUAAAGUUAACUUUUCCCCCUCUAAUACUGAAAUCGUGUUGAUAUUAUAUUGGAUGUAGGUAUCUUAAUACUAAAAUAUAUAUUUGGUUUGAGAUUUUGUUAUGUUCAAUCUGAAAAACAAGCGGCAGUUGCGACAUCAAAGCUAAUCUCCAAGUAAAGGUUAUUCCUUCCUUUCUGAGACACGAAAACCGAAAAGGUAGUUAGGAAUACAGCAGAAGGCUUGGUUAAGAAUUCUCAUGCACAUUUUACUAGGCUGUCCGAUGAAGAAAUUGGGCUAAAACUGAAGGAUGCGCACAUUGUGAAAGGGAGGGUGAGAGUUGCGCUUCUUCCACGAGGAACGAGCGAGUGGCAAAUCCUCACAGAAGAGUUUCUCAGACUUCAUUUCAAUAAUAUGGACAGAUUUAAAUGGGAACAUGCACUUCAUUUAUGCCUCAGAUGUCACAGUUGUUCCUGAAAUUACUCAUUUGAUUAUUCCAUAAGAGGAAUCAACAUGGGAAAACUGCAGUCGAAACAUGCAUGUAAACGGAGAGAAAACCCAGAGGGAGAUGCUUUCAAGGAGCUUGACUGUAUCGGUGAAGACGACAGAAACAAGCUGGUAAAGGAUCUGUGUGGUAGAGAUCCAAAAGUAGAUCAUUACUGUGCGCUGCAAGUAACACUGCCACCAGAGAGAGUAAUGGAGAAUCCCAAAUCUUUGCUUUCUUCUCCUGAAAAUGGAAGGCAGCGUCCACUCAAAGAUGCACUGAGGAGAAAUGGGAAGAGUGAUGAUAAGGAGUGUAACGUGUCUGUCAUGGAUGAAAAUCGUCGAGAGUGGAUGAUUACGUUGUACAAUUUGGACAACAACGGGAAAAUAAACAGAGAGAAUAUGUUGAGCUUGAUGCAGACGAUCUAUGAGGCGGUCGAGGCAUCAGUCAAACAGCUGGUGCUCAGCAAUGGCACAAGCCUGCGUGUGAAGCUGAGCGUCACUCCAUUAUCCAGCAGAAAAGAUCGGGAUGCUGGGAUGCAGUCUGUGAAUGAGCGGGAUCAGAUGGAGGACUCAGUGCGAGGACUGAACUCGGAUCAAAUGGGUGUUCUGGAGAAGAAGCACUACUCCCUAGAUGAAAACACAGAACGUAGGAACCACUAUCUGGAUCUGGCUGGAAUUGAGAACUAUGCUUCUCGAUUUGAAGAAACAUCUGGUGAGGAGCAGCCUCAGGACAGCCCUGCGCCGCGUGGCCAUCACCGUCGCUCUCAACCCGAGACCUGCAGCCCUGUGGAGUCCUCUGGGAGAUCCAUUCCUUUCCUCAGGUCGCUCCGCAGCCGCAGCAAGUCUGUCGGCUAUAGUGGAGCCACAACCAAACCCAGCAAGCUCCAUGGGCAUCACCCUAUGACCUGGUGCCACCCAUCCCAACAGCAACCUCUGCUGCACAGCUCCAGCAAACGCAUCCGUGCCAGAGCCCGUGAGACGGCAUCACCUUCCAGAAGCAACCAUGACAGAGAUGUACACCCUGGGGGCUUUAUGCCUGUUCCUCAAAGACAUGAACACCAUCAUCACCAUGAGCAUCACCAUCACCACCAUCAUCACCAUCACCACCCCUGCGUAAGAGUUCUGAAAACCUCCUGAAUGUCUGAGUAGCAAACUCUCAUAAUCAGUGUUAUUUUUUCUGUAAAAUUAAAGAUGCAGGUGGUUCAUUGGCCAAACAGACAAAACUUGAACAUUUCUACAAUAAUAGGGACUGAACCACUGUUUUCGAUGAUAUGAGAACCGCACCUGCUCAUAAAAAUUCAGUAGAAAAGAAUCUGCAUUCAUUAUGCUGGUGUGCAGCUCCCUCUUGUGGUUAUGAACGGAAUUUGUAGCUCCUAUUUUGAUUAUAAUGCAUUUGGCAUACUUUCCUUUGUGAUUUGGAAAAUGUGACAUGUUAGUAUAUCCUUAAUGAUUGUAAUAUUUGUGAGGUGCAACACAAUUUUUUCCUCAGGAAUGUGUUUUAUAGACUAUAUGACCACUUUUAUUGUAUGUUAUUACAUAUAUUAUUGUUCUCAUUUAUGUAGUUUUGAUUCAACCUGCUUAUUAUAAUACAUUGGUUGCAAUCAGUGUUUUUUAAAACCAAAGUCUUUACAGCUAUAUUGCAUGUUUAUGUUCUGAAUAGGGUUACUAAUAUUAUAUUAGAAAAUGGCAUGUUUUAUUGUUGACAUCAUGGUUAAAACUAUAAAACACAUAAUGUACCAAACAAAAUAAAAGAUUAAAUUAAAUAAGGGAAACUGCACAUUCACUUUUUAAAAGUAGGGAGUAUCCCUGUAUGGUGAGACACUCAAAAAACAAGCAAGCAAAAAAAUGUCACGUUAAACGGAUGUCUACAAUUAUAAUUACUUAAAUUAGUCUCAUUUAGCAUUGCUCUGCAAAUUUUCAUAGGCGAAAUCCAGUCAUUGUAAUAGAAAUCCACGUGGUUGGUGUGAUCAUAUUAGCGAAAUUUCUAUAGUCCAUUGUCAACAGUGAAAUCACAUUAAAACCAAGCAACUUUCUCUUGGUCAACGUGGCGAAUUUUCAGGGAACUUUUUCACUCUCACGCAAAACUGAUCAUGUGGAUUCCUAUUAAAAUGACUGGAAAUUGCUUGUGAAAUUUCACUGAGCAAUGGUAAAUGUGACCUCAACUAUAAAAGUUUCCCAUGCAGACUUCGCUCGUGUUCUAGUUGGUCAAGCAAAUUCGCUGUGUUGCCCGAAAGAAAGUUGCUUGGUUUUAAAGUCGGCUUGAAAUGGAAGUUGUGAUAGUAUUUUCUUCCCUGUUGUGACCAUAGACUGUAAAAAAGAUGUAUGACGCACCUUCACCAGGGUUGCCAGGUUUUCACAACAAAACCCUCAAAACUAGCCCAAUUGCAUUUCAGGUAAAAAUCACGCUCUGGGGGGUAAAAUCCGCGUUUUUGGAAGGGUUCCCCUCGUAAAAUUUGCAUUCCAGGGGGUAUAUAUCAUAUUAUUUGGGAUCACUUCAACCUGCGGAUAUGAAAAACAACCCACGGAAUCUGUGUUAAAGUAGCCCAAUUCCGUGGGAAAACAACAGACUUGGCAACACUGACCUUCACUCUCUUCCAUUGUAGUAAAUGUGAAGCCGCCAGUGUGUCAAUAUCGCGCUGACAUCUUGAGUUUCGAGUCUGCUUAGUAGUGAACGUGAAAUGGAGCCACGACAUCAAGGCCCCGCCCACAGAAUCGGUUAAUACAGUUUACUGCAGAACAACUCAUUAUGUCGGUGUGAAAUAAACAGUUCUGGAAAUGUAGAAAUUAAAGUUAUAACUCCAGUCUCCUCCUGAAGAUCCAGAAUAAAAGUCUGUUGGUGCUUCAGUGACUCCUUCGCUCAGAGCAGUCGAAUCUCAGCGGUCAAUCAAUCAUGAUGGCAAAACCCGCGUUUUUAUAGCAUCAAAUAACUAACUAAAACAAAACUUAUUAAAAGAACGAACACUUCAGCAUGAUAAAAACUGCCUAAAAUGAUAUAAACCAUCUUUGUAAAAAAAUAUUUGACGUGUAAUUUGAUUGUUUAGUUUGUCUCACAUCUAUACAGUGACUGCUCAUGUCCCAUUACAUUACAUGGAGAGAGCGGGGUGUAUGACCUAUACUGCAUCCAGCCACUUGGGGGCGAUCGAGGCGCUUUGGCUUCACUUUUCAGGACUCGUGUGGCACGCUUGAUUGUGAUGUAUAUAGGCCCUGUCCCAAAUGGCACCCUAAACACUCACGGCCUUCCUACGAGUCCGCACUUUUGUGACGUAACGUCGCUUUGACUGUCCGGAAGAAGUCUGCCGCGGAGCUCGCACCAGCGCAGGCUCAGCAAAAGUGCGCAUCGAAGGGGGCAUAUCGGCCGCAAAGGGGGCGCUCGCGAGCACCCUUCUGAAGCCUAAAAUUGACAAAUGGGACACCCUCUGGUCUCGUGGACUUAACGGACACGUGCACGUGGUAGCCAUUGUCCAGUCCACAAGACCGAAAGUGCAUAGAAGUGUGCCAUUUGGGACAGGUCCAUACAAGUGAUGAAACGGCUUCUGGAACAUGUAGGGCGGGACUUGAUAUUAUCCAUUGGAACUGAUUGGAUGGAUGUGGUUUGCUAUUGGUCGAUCUCAUGUGAGUGACAGGUUGCCCCGCCCUCACGUCAGUCAACGCGACAUCAGAGAAGAGAUGUCAUGGCAAGAGGGAGGGGAG